AUGCUUCGGCGCAAUGGCUCGUGCGCCGGCUCACCAUCCGUCGCUGUUAACCACCGCGGCAAGCAAGAAGCAGGGCGAAUCUGGACGCCCUUCCAUCCCUAUUUAUUGACGUCGGAUAUUGAUGAAAUAUCUCUACCGUGCUUCUGCCGGAUCGCUUUGCUUCUUCAUCUUCGUCUGCACAAGGCCAAGUAGGGAUAGCGCUGAGAGCUCGGCGGGCCUCCGGCACCGCCACCGGAAGAGCCGAGAGAUUCCGCCGCCCUCAGGCUGAGAAAAAGACCAGGAAGUGGAAGCGGCGGAUGAGGACCGGUCGCUAGAGAGACGGUGGAGUCGCCAUCCGGGGAAGGCGUCUUCCAGGGACGCCUCCUCCUCCUCCUUUACCGCCGCUGGUCUCCGACGCCGUACUUCAAGUUCACGGGAUUCCUUUCGUCACCUAGUUACCGUCGGGCCCUCCUCGCGCAGUCCUCUCGCCGUUGUUUUUAGAAGCAACUUGGCCGGAGGCCCGACGAUGGGUGGACAUUGAAUUUCCCCGGCGGCGCCGCGACUCCUCCUGGCCUUCUAAGGAAGAGCCUCACAUGGGGAGGCGGAGACCACCACCGAAACGUAAAAUGUGCGAUCGUAGAGAUCACAUGGGUCUUACAGAGUCCGACUGCCGCCUGCAUAUUUUGUGACUUUUAAGUAAUGCGUGCGCAUCGAAGAUUAUAUGUGAACGGCGUAAAGGUUUGACUUUUUAACUUUGGUAAAGGUCAAAAGGGAAGGAGAAAAGACGGAGGACGUGGGGGGAGGAGAUGGAGCUCCAAAAAGUGGAGUGAGAAAUGAUCGACGGUGGCUUUUUCUGGGCACGCGAAGAGGCCAAAGGAGGGUUUUUCAGCGAGUACCAUUUAGAGAGCGAGAGAGAGAGAAGGGCUGUUGCAUCCAUUUCUUCUGGUCUCCGUAGGACGGACUGCGCUGAUCUUCUCCUCCUUUCUCCCCUCCCCAUUGAAGACCGCUCUCUGCGAUCAUGGAAAGGCCCGAAUGUAAUCGUUCUUCUCAACCCCUCCUGCAACUCUUAUAUUUCCCCUGGCCUCUCAAUUCCUUCUGGGUUUCUCAUUUGGGUAAUCACUCGUUUCCUCGUUGCCGUGUGGUUUUCAGACGGAGGAGGGCACGGAGAGCCGCUUCUGACGGACUUGGAGGAGGGCGCCGUCGAGCAACCCGCAGAGUUUGGAGCUCCCCGCCCCAAGUUCCGGAUAAAGGGCCUGACGAAGCUCUCGGAGUCGGGGGAGACGAUACUCGCCGGCGUCAACAUGGACAUACCGCGGGGGAUCAUAGUCGGAAUCAUCGGCCCGAGCGGGAGCGGCAAGUCAACGCUGCUUAGAGCCCUCAACCGCCUCUGGGAGCCGCCCGCCGGCACGGUGUUCCUCGACGGCGACGACAUACUCGACAUCGACGUCCUCGCCCUCCGCCGCAAGGUCGGCAUGCUCUUCCAGCUCCCCGCUCUCUUCGAAGGUACCCUCCCCCCCUCCCCCCCUCCUCUCAUCUCUCAAAGCAUCUGGAGAUCGUUGACGAAGGACAUUCGCCCGGACUUUGCGAAAUCAGACGAUUGGUUGCCCGAAGAACCGAAAAAUUUCCCGUUAGGAAAUCAGUGAUGACGAGGGAGAGGCCUUUGUCUCUCUGUACAGAAUAUUUUGCUCUUCCUUUGUCCCCGUCGCAUUCUUCCUCUGUCGGGGUGCCCUUUACUUCUUUUCCACCGAGAAAAAGAAUAUGGGCCAUCCUUAUCUUUCGUGGGCCCCCAUUUAUAUUCCUCCUCGCCGCCGUCCCUGGCCCAUUUUAUCUAUCUAUACUUUUUCUUGUGCUGGAUGGGCUUUUCAUGGGCUUUUUCUGAUUUUGGGCCGUGAAGGAACCGUUGCCGAGAACGUCCGCUAUGGGCCGGCCCUUGCGGGAAGAAAAGUCUCCGACGCGGAGGUGGCGAGGCUACUGGGCCUGGCGGACCUGGACCCCUCCCUCGCCUCGAGAAACGGUUCCGAGCUCUCGGUGGGCCAGGCCCAGCGCGUCGCCCUGGCCCGCACCCUCGCCAACGACCCAGAGGUAAGAAAGAAGCAAGCCCAUUACCAUUUGGGCCGGUCUGGCCCUCCUAGUUCAAAUAGAUCAUCUCACUGGCCCAUUGAACUGACGGACCAGGUGCUGCUGCUGGACGAGCCCACCAGCGCGUUGGACCCGAUCUCGACCCAGAACAUCGAGGACGCCAUCGUGCGGCUGAAAAAAACCCGCGGGCUCACCGUCGUGCUGGUCUCGCACAGCCUGAAGCAGAUCCAGCGUGUCGCCGACGUGGCCUGCCUCGUGGUCGACGGCGAGGUCGUGGAGAUGAUGGAGCCGUCCGACAUGGCCCGGGCCCACCACCCCAUGGCCCGCCGCUUCCUCGAGCUCAGCACGUGA